GCUUGAAAAUGAACUACUAGGCCUAGUAUUUUUUUUGUUUUUAUGAAUAGGCCUACUCUUGAUUUUAUUCCAUCCUCUAAUCUUUGUUGUGUGGAUUAUGGUUCCGGAAUUUUCGAAUUUUAUAUUUCGCAACUGAUUAUGUCCCAGCCUACAGCAAAAAAAGUUUUAAAUCUUUAUCGAAGCCUUAUCCGUUAUUCAAAAAACUUGAAAUAUACAGACAAAGAAUACUUUUUGAACAGAGUGCAGGAGGAAUUCAGGAAAAAUCAGCAUGAAGAAAAACCAGACAUUAUAGAAUUCUGUUAUAAGAAAGGACAAGCUCUGCUGAAGUACAGACGAGUUGUAUGAUGCUACAGAGCUGGUCUAUGGUGAGGCGGCUGGUUACCACGGUAGUCGUUCAGAUCAACAAGAAUAAACUAGACUACUCCCUGGUCCCUAAGUUGGUAGAAGAAGACUUGAAGGAACAGUUUGUAAGAGGGUCAGGUCCUGGUGGCCAAGCUACGAAUAGAACCAGCAACUGUGUAGUUCUCACUCACAAGCCUUCAGGUAUUGUAGUCAAGUGCCAUGAAACAAGGUCUCAGGAUCGAAAUCGGAAACUCGCCAGGGAAAUUUUAGUCACCAAAUUGGACAACCUCAUUAAUGGAGACAAAUCCAUUGAAGCUCAAACCAAGGCAUUGGAGAAACUAAAGACUGUCAAAGCUGAUCAAAAACGAAAAAAGCUUGCCAAGUUGAAAGAUAAAUGGAAAGAGCAAGAGGGUAUUACUUAACUUUGUACUAGGAACGGUUAUGUAAAUUCGUAUAAACGGUUAUUUUCAU